AAACGAUUGGUUCAACUCAAAUUGCCGCACUGCAACUUUGCUCUCUGUGAGGCUUCAAUUUCCAAUUAGGGUUUCGCUUAGAGUAACCAAUUACCAUGGGAGUCUUCACCUUUGUCGUUCGCAAAUCCGGCGCCGAAUGGAGCGCCAAGCAACAUUCCGGCGACAUCGAGGCCUCCGCCGACUCCACCUACGAUCUCCAAAGGAAGCUCGUGCAAGCCGCUCUCGCCGUUGAUUCCUCCGGUGGAGUCCAGUCCUCCUUCUCUCCCGUGUCUCCUACCUCCGCUGUGUUCCAGGUGAUAGUGGGUGGUGCUGUAUUCGUUGGAGGUGGCGGUGGUGCUGUUGCAGCUGCACCUGCAGGUGGUGCUGCUGCAGCUGAUGCUGCCCCGGCUGCUGAGAAAAAGGAAGAAAAGGUGGAGGAAGAGUCCGAUGAUGAUAUGGGAUUGGGACUGUUUGAUUAGAGAUUUUCUGCUUUUUAUUGAGUUUUGAUGGAAAAGUGUUUUUAGUGUUUAAUCCUAUAAAUUGUGUGGGUAUAUUGCUUUUCACCAGUUAAUGGUACAUUGAACUUCGUCAGAUAGAGUUAUGUGCUGUGACCCAAAUGGUUCUUCUGCAUUGGAUUUUAGUAGGUAUUUUCUAUUUCAAACAAAUGUCUCGCUCGUCUUUUAUCACUGUCGGAUAGAAUUUUGCGCUGAUCAAGCGGUUUUUGCUGUUAAUACGAUUUUCUUCUUACA